ACGACACAUAAUCCAUUUGAAUUGGCGCGCGUAAUAAAGUGCUAGCGAGAUCAAUGUCAUAAUAUACAGUACUCAUGCUUAUUGCCAGGACACUGAAAAUUGGUGACAUUUCUAUUAGUGUUUAACCAACGCCUGUGCUGUGACUACGUCGAGCAUCUGGAAAAACGUCCGGGGCAAGCAAACAAUUCAAAUACGGUGGGAGUGUUUUCCUCGUGGCUUUCGCCUGUGCGUUUGUGUGGACCGUCAGCACAAAAUAUAUUAAUUUACAGCACAGCUAGGUCGAAAGUGAUCGCUAUUUAGACUAGCCUAUUUUUUAGUAAAACGCACGGGUUUCCCAAACGCUGCCUACUAAUUUACGGUAGCCAACAGAAUCUUAUCACAUGCGUUCACCCACCCAGAAGUUUGCAGCAGCAUGGAUUCGGUUUGUGUCGAAUAUAAACUUCAGACCUUGGAUGCAGGGGCGCAGAACCUCCUAAAAGCAGCACUGAAAGAUCCUCGCGCAGUCGAUCUUGAGAAAGUGGCAACUGCAAUAGUUGACCUGUCAUUGAAAGACAGUUCUUUCUGCAAAGAAGCUGGCCGCAUAUGUUACGCUCUGAUCCAGGAAGAAGCCAAGGAUGCCAAUAGAACUGUGUUUAGACGGAACCUGCUCACCCGCCUGCAGCAGGAAUUCACAGUGAGGGAGGAGACCCGGAAGCGCUCUGUGUCGCAGUGGGUCUGCCUCGUUAACUUCAUCUGUACCAUCUUUGACUACCUCAAGGUUAACAACCAACCCAUGGCAGCCCUGGUUCAGCCUGUAUAUGACUGUUUGUUCAGACUGGUGCAGCCAGAUGCCCUUACCAAUGAGGAAGAGGUGGACUGUCUGGCGAUGCAGCUGCACCGCAUCGGGGAGCAGCUGGAGCGCGCAGAGGCUGGCCGCAUGGACGAGCUGUUCUACGCGCUGCGCGACGGCUUCCUGCUCCAGGAGGGUCUGAGCUCCAUGGCCCGCCUGCUGCUGCUGGAGGUGCUGGAGUUCCGCGCUGGCGGCUGGAAACUCAGCGACACGGCCCAGCAGUACUACUACAGCGAGGUGGCCAACUAGCCGCCACGGUCACCGGCGCUGGGGAACGCUAGGGUCAGAGGCCACUUAAUCCAGUUGAGGGUGCUGUGCAGAGCAUUAAGAGACUUCCUGUUUGAGAUGGGGGGGGGGGGGGGGGGAGGAAUUGCAUGGUGUGUUUUAUGUUAAAACGUGAUGAGACCACUUGAGACCAAAUAGAAGUAGGUGCUUUUGGUAUGGGGAAAGGUUUGUUGUUGUCUUGUGAAAUGCUGAACAUCCAGUGGCCACUGUUCCCAAAAUUGGACAUUCCGUAAGAUGUUUCUAUGACCAUGACACUGGAGAACAUUUUAUUUUUCAGUAAAUGAGAAUACCAGAUACCCACUGCCUGUACAACAAAUGCCUUUUCUCAUUUAGGCUCAUUGACAUUUGCUUUAUUCAUUCUUUUACUUAAUGACAUAUUUCCUUAACAUAAUUCAGAGAAUGUUUCCUUAUGUUUUCCCUAAAUAUGUUUUUAACAUUCCAUUUUGUUGGCAGUGGCCUGCCUUUGUUGUGAAAGUGCAGACAAAUGUAUGUUUGCUUUUUCACUCAAUUAUGUUUAGCCAUGUUACUACUAAAUGAUGUUGUUUGAUUCGUUCUGUUCAGUUUAUAUAGACAUGUGCUCACUUAAAGAUUCAGCUGAUAAUCAAAAAAAUAUGAUUGAUUGCCUAGAGCCAUGGUCAGUGGAAUCAAAGGAUGAGGCUUACUUUGGAGAUUCAAGAAAACGUUUUGUUGGCUUGCAGUUACAGUAGGACAGCUAAUUCAGGGAUGUUGGUUUCAGGGUAUUUUUGUAUGACAGACAAUAUGUACGUUUAACUUUCAAGUAAAAACAUUUUCAUACCUUG